GUCAUCUGUUUUCAUUCAGUUUCAAAAUAAUAUCUUGCUCGCCAGUUCUCAUAUUUUCAAAUAAAAAGCGUUCGACAACAAUGAAGAUCACCGCUCUCGCACUACUAACUAUUUUCGCCACUUCCUCCUCGGCAUUCGGUUUGAAUGGAGGACCCAAGACACUGGCCAAGACGGCCACCCGAUCCGUCAGUGCCUUCCAGAAGCCCGCGAUGGUCCAACCCGUCGACGUCCAGGGAAACCGCCUCUCCAACGUCGUAAGUUUCUCCAUGAUAUGUAUUUCGAUGUUAGUGUUGGAUUUGUCUUGUCGGCUUCCGUGGUCAACCCGCUUGUCGUGUAAAGACAGAAUGCAGUGCAAAAGCUGCAAGGUAGAUUUCAUCUUCAACGAGGAUGAUCUCAUACGUCAUGAGAGAAAAUCUUCCCCAGGAUGUGACUAUCGGAUCGCCCUUAUACUAGGUGCCCCGCAAAAACCUCGAUCGCAGUGCAUGAUUUUGGAUGUAACCCAAAUUUGAAGAUUCCUUCCGAUUCAAGAUUCUAUGCCUUCGUUUUGUCUAGAGAUAGGUCACCACGGAAUCGGGACUUUAUCAGUCCUUUUGUGUUCGCGUCUCGCGUGCUACGUAAUCCAUGUCACGCGGUUGAGAAUAUCUUCUCCUGCUCAUCGCCAUGCCAAUCGAUUUUACCAUUGAUUCCCUCUCACCUUUCUGUUGUUUGCGUUGCUGUUGAUGAAUCUGGGUGGAUAAUCAAUUGGUCGAUGGAAAAACCUUUUAUCUAUGCUUCCAAAAACAAUCCGAUGUUAGGCCUUGAAGGAUGUCUCCGACGCUAUCGCAGUUCGAGGAGGAGCCUCCGAUGCCGCUCCUGCCAAGUCUGGUCCUGAUUUUGGUCUCAUUGCUUACUUCGCCCUGUGGUACCUCGGUAACUACUACUACAACAUCACCAAUAAGCUUGCAUUGAACGCUGCUGGAGGAAAGACUGGAUUUCCCAUGUCAAUUUCGUCUCUUCAGCUCGGAGUAGGUGCUCUUUACGGAAUCUUCCUCUGGCUCGCCCCAGAUGCCCGUACCAAGCCUACCGUGAACAUGCAGGAUUUGAUUAAGAUGAUCCCCGUCUCCUUCUGCUUCAUGGGAGCCCACUCUGCCUCCGUAUUUGCCAUGGGAAUGGGAGCCGUCUCCUUUGCCCAAAUCGUCAAGGCGUCCGAACCCGCAUUUUCCGCCGUCCUUUCCCAAUAUGUUUACGGAAAGCCCAUUUCCAAGGCCAAGUGGUUGUGUCUCCCUAUUGUUAUUGGAGGAGUUAUCUUGGCUUCCGUAAAGGAGCUUGAUUUUGCCUGGUCCGCCCUCAUCGCAGCCUGCAUUGCAAACAUGUUCGCUGCCGUCAAGGGUAACGAAAACAAGAAGCUCAUGGAAACCGAUGGAUUGAAGGACCGAUUGGGAUCCGUCGGAAACCAGUUUGCCAUCACCAGCAUCCUGGCAUUCAUUUUGUCCCUCCCUAUUGUUGCCAUCAAGGAAGGAUCCCGAUUCGGUGACUUCAUUGAGGCCGCCAAGACCACCCCCGCCAUCUGGAAGAACUUGGUUGCCUCCGGUCUUUGGUUCUACGGAUACAACGAGUGUGCCACCCUGACCCUGAAGAAGACCGGUGCCGUCACGCAAUCCGUUGCCAACACCGCCAAGCGUGUCAUUGUUAUCGUUGGUGUUGCUCUUGUCCUCGGAGAAUCCCUCGACCCCAUCAAGUUGCUUGGAUGCUCCAUCGGAAUUGGAGGAGUCUUGUUGUACUCCAUCAUUGAUACCCUUGUUGCCAAGAAAUAAAUUCGGCGAAACAACAUGCAUGCAUACAUGUACAGCUAGAAGCAAGAAUUCUAUGCGAACUMCAGUAGUAGCUUUCUCGAGAGAUUGCUAUGGCCUGUUGGACUUACAUUUUUUUCCAAGCACGGGUCGAAAAGUCAGACCCGGCGAGCAACCCUGUUAUUAUUAUCAAUGUGAUAAUACAAGAAAAAGUGACGA